GCUUAGCGUCCCGAGCUAUUAUCAACCCAGCAGCAGCUGCUGCCCGCAACAACUUCCCAAGGUCCGCCCUGCUAAUCAGAAUGGCAACUACCGAGACCCCGACGCACCCUUCCAUCAUUAGCAUGAUUAACCAGGAUCACGCACGUUUCAAGAGCAUGUGGUCCGAGUACAAUGGGCCCAACAUGAACGGGGAGAUGAAGCAGAAGCUGGCCUGGGCGCUCAUUCGUGAGAUUGCGAUGCACAGCAGCUCCGAAGAGGAGGUGAUGUACCCCGAGGUUCGCAAGCGGCUGGGCGACGAGGCCGCGGAUCACCUCUUGGGGCUGGAGGGGCAUCAGAAGCUCAAGGACCUGCUGUAUGAGGCCAACAACAUGACCAUCGAGAAGAACGGC